AUGGGCCUGGGACACUCUAAGGCUCACCCUAGGGUGACCAAAGUAGCACCCCUACAAAACAAAGGAGAAGAGACUCCCUCAACCUGUCCUGUGGACUUUGCAUUCAGUCAGAAUCUGGAAGAAAAGAGUUUGUAUUCCUUUGCAACACUGCAGGACCGAACUAAAGCUUUGGAAGGGCAGCUGCCACCUCUACGAGAGACGGGGUAUGGAAAAUAUUCUGCAGUGCCCAGGGCCAUGUAUUUUGACAUCCCACUGGAAAAGGGAGAAACAAGUAUUAUUAAAAACCAUCCACCCAGAAGACUUCAAAAGCUUGAACCCAUUGACCUGCCACAAGUAAUUACUUCUGAAAGGCUCCUGAGCCAGCAAGAAGCUGGGACAACGCACAAAGCAAAGGAACUGGAAAAGAAGAUGCAAAUACCAACAUAUAUUUCUGGGAAAAGACAAUAUUUACAUAAGAUGCAAAUGCUGGAAAUGAACCGUAAAAGACAAGAGGUAAAUAUAAGAGAGAUAAAGUGUGUCAUGUUUACCAAAUUUGCUACACAUAAUCCCUCCUGUGAGGCUGCCCUCUGCGACUUCCAAAAGGAAGAAGAGAUUAUCAUCAAUGCCUACAAAGGAAAUUCAUGGAAUGCAGAAUUUUUAGGACAUCAAGGAAGGAAUGACUCUUGUCCCCGAAAAAUUUGCAAAAUGGAAACAUGGCUCUGUGAACAAGAGACUCAGGGACAGCUUUUCUGGGAUGGUUCUAGCUCUGACUCAGAUGAGUCAGGGAAAGAUGAGAAGAAGCCACGAGCACUGGUGAGGACCAAGACAGAGAGAAUUCCACUUUUCGAUGAGUUUUUUGAUCGAGAAUAAGAAUGCUAUUCAUUAAUCUAGAUACUGAGUGCAUUGAAGCUUUUCUUUCCUGUAAAAAUUCUCCCAAGUUGAUGUAUGAAUUAUUCUGAGGGAACCAACUUACUUUCUUUGGUAAAAAGAAAUGAUAUUGUUUGGAUUCUCUUGAUUUACAGGUUUGUCAUAUGUUCUGUUACCUAUUGCUGCAUAAAUGCUUCAAAACUUAAAGGCUUAAACAAGAGCGAUUUUAUUCUCUCUUACCUUUCUGCGGGUUGCUGGGCUCAGCUGGAUGGUUCUUCUGCUGGUCUCUUUUGGAGUCUCUCAUGUGGUUGAAGUCAAAUGGCAGCCAGGACUGGGGUCAGCUGGAGGCUCAACCCAGGCACUGAAAGAGCUGGGCCUCUCUCUGUCUAUCUAUAUGUAAACAGACCCUCUUUACAGGGUCUCUUUAAGUGGUCUCUCCAGAAGAGUAGUCAGUUUUCUUUCAUGUCAGCUCAGAGUACCCAAAAGCAAAUGUUACAAGAGGAGGAGGCAGAAGCUGCCAGUUUUCCUAAAGGCUAGUCAUGGAACUGACAUCGCAUCACUUCUGCCACAUUCUAUUGGUUAAUGGAAGUCACAAACAAGUUCAGAGUCAAUAAAAAAGAGACUACACAGGGCGUGAAUUUCAAAUGCACAAUCCAUUAGGGUCCAUCUUUGGAGACUCGCUGCCACGCCAUAUUUUUUAAAAGCAAAUUAGAUCUUAUAAAACAAAUAGAUAAGAGUCGAUUUGAUACAAAUAAAAUUAGUCUUUUAUUUUUUCUAAAGAAAAGUCGCUGUAAUGCUAUAUUAGACACUAACCUCACUUAAGUCAAUUUCGCACAAGUUAGAGGUUUAUUAUCUCCAUAAGAGAGAGGCUACAGGCAAGACGUAAAACAAGGUCAAGUGUGGAGGGUCGUUGUAAAUUGAAGCUCAAAAUUAAAUGAAGACAAACUACCUCUUUGGUUAUGAUGUAGAUUUUAGAGCCCUUUAAAACUGAAAGAAACCUUAGAUAUGCCCAGUCCAAAAGUUAUUCCAUUUCCAAAAGUUAGACUGUUAGGCAGUUUUUCGGAAUGUUUCUUGUAUAAAACGAGGCUCCACUGUGUACUGAGCAUUGUUUUUAAGCAAUCAGAAGCUUCUGAGGAUUUAGUGAAACUUUAAAACAGAGCAAGACAAAAACAUUUUUAAGUCUUCUCUAGGGAAUUCCCAAAAAGAAAAAAUAGAGAGGAAACACACACACACACACACGCUCCCCAGUGUGGCACUCAAUACAUUCACAUCAGUCACUAAGAAGAUAAAAAGCCUGAUAUACCAGGGAAUAAACAUUCAUGUUUCUUCCAAGGACGAAAGGUAAUGAGACUGUCCCUGGGCAUUUCUACUGCCGGUUCUUUCUGAGAAGUACUCUUCGUACUUUCUCUGUAGCAAGUAAGAAACAAGGAGCCCUAGUGGUGCAAUGGUUAAGCACUAGACUGUUAACUGAAAGGUCAGAGGCUUGAAUCUACCUAGCAUCUCCGAGGGAGAAAAAAACUGGCGAUCUGUUCUGUAAAAGAUUACAGCCUAGGAAACCCUAUACUGGGCAGUUCUACCCUGUUAUAUAGGUCCCUGUGAGCUGGAAUCAACUCAACAACACAUAACAACAAAUAAGAAAUAUAUUUCCAACAAAGGAAUAAAUAAGUUGUUUGACCAGCUAGACUUACAAGAAAGUAAGAUCCUUGAGAGGAGGAAUGAAUCCAACCUAUUUAUAGCACCCUCACGUAUUGUGGUUGAUUGGGAGGGUUUCAAACAACAUGGGACAAGCAACUCCUAAUACUGAUGUUGGGGGGUGGAGGAGGCAAAGCAUGUCUUCAUUACUCCGCUCUGACUUCAAAUUGGACAACACCCCCCUUCUGUCAGCUCACUGGACUGUGAGCUACAUGAGGGCACAGUCCAUAUCUUCUCCCUGUGGUGUCCCUAUUUCCCAGCAUGCCAUCUGGCACAGUUUAUCAUUAAAUGUUUGUUGAAUUAAUUAAUUUAUGUGUUGAGUUAACUAGUCCAUUAGAGAGGCACUUGUUUCUCUCCAGCUAUGUAAUGCUCACCCUCAUUUCCAUCAUUUCCCAAGAAUCUUAGAUAUACAAGCUUGAUUAUACAGAAAAGAAACGGGAUUUAAAAAAAAAAUCUCUUGGAAUUUAUACAUCUAAAUGGAUGGCAUAAAUUAAGCAUUGCCUUGGGAUACAGUAGCUAGACAUAUUUGCAGAUGAGGAUGCCAUGACUCAAAAUAUUUUUUGAAGCUCUAUCAGAGUAUGUUAACUGCAGGAGAAAAUCGAUCAUAAUGCCUUCUGUGUUUGAGUUUGUGUGCCUGUUCCACAUGGAACCCUCCCUCAUCCAAUUACAGAUUCAGGAAUUUAAAACGAGUAAUAAUGAUAGCAAUAACUGCUAACGUGCAUUGACUGCUUAUUGUGUGCCAGGCACUAUUCAAAUGCUUUACAUGUUUAAUCCUCACAACGACUUCGUGGGUCAGUAUUACUGUCAUCUGAGACACAGAGAUGUUAAGUAACUUGUUGGAAUCACCUAGAAGAACUGCCCUUGGGAGUAGUCUUCCCUCCCUCCCCAAUUCCACCUCCAACUCAUCGCCACAUUACGUGGCAUUCCACAUUUCUAUUAUGUGUUGUUUUGGAGAAAGGUAAUACUACCCCAGGAGCCCUGGUGGUGCAGUGAUUAAAGAGCUCAGCUGCUAACCAAAAGAUCAGCAGUUCAAAUCUACUAGCCACUCCCAUGGGAGAAAGAUGUGGCAGUCUGCUUCCGUAAAGAUUUACAGCCUCAGAAACCCUAUGGGGCAGUUCUAGUCUGUCCUAUAGGGUCACUAUGAGUCGGAAUCGACUCAAUGCAGCGGGUUAAUACUACCCUGGAAAGGGUGAGAGCAUUGUGGGAUUAUUUUUUAGCAAGGAAGAAUUGCCCUGGAGCUUGAUAGUUUAACUGUGGGCACAGGGCAGGAUUAGAUCUCUGAGGAACACUUCACCGGGAGGAAGUGGGGAGAGGAGUACAGAAAGGUGGAUGAAAGAGUAAGGGCAAACUUAACAUUCUUCAAAAAUUGUCCGGGGAUCAGGCCACGUGCUCAACCCCACCAUAUAGCCCUAUCCAGAACAGAAUUCAGUUGCACACCGUGACAAGAGCUAAAGGGUUCUCAAUGCUGGCUACAGGUCAGAAUUACCUAGCCAAGUGUUAAAAACAACAAUAAAAAAGAUUUCUGUGCCCCAUUUUUUAAUCUGAUUUGGUUUGGUAGGCUUCUG